CGUCGCUAGUGAGGCGCCCGCCGGCCCGGAAGGACCUGACGCGAGCUGGGUCCGCGGCAGCCAUCGCGCUUUGCAGUUUGGUCUGGGGCUCACGCCAAGCAGGGAAUUGCAUUAGCUCCAGUCGCAGACUGUAAGAUUUGGAUAUGUCCUUCAUAUUUGAUUGGAUUUACAGUGGUUUCAGCAGUGUGCUACAGUUUUUAGGAUUAUAUAAGAAAACUGGUAAAUUGGUAUUUCUUGGAUUGGAUAAUGCAGGGAAAACAACAUUGCUGCACAUGCUAAAAGAUGACAGACUUGGACAGCAUGUCCCAACAUUACAUCCUACUUCAGAAGAACUGACUAUUGCUGGCAUGACUUUUACAACUUUUGAUCUGGGCGGACAUGUUCAAGCCCGAAGAGUAUGGAAAAACUACCUUCCUGCUAUCAAUGGCAUUGUGUUUCUGGUGGAUUGUGCAGACCAUGAAAGACUGUUAGAAUCAAAAGAAGAACUUGAUUCACUAAUGACAGAUGAAACCAUUGCUAAUGUGCCUAUACUGAUUUUUGGGAACAAGAUUGACAGACCUGAAGCCAUCAGUGAAGAGAGGUUACGAGAGAUAUUUGGUUUAUAUGGUCAGACAACAGGAAAGGGCAGUGUAUCACUGAAAGAACUGAAUGCCCGGCCUUUAGAAGUUUUCAUGUGCAGUGUGCUCAAAAGACAAGGUUAUGGAGAAGGCUUCCGCUGGAUGGCACAGUACAUCGAUUAGCACCAAUCUGCACCAGUUCCAGAUCUCAACAUGUAGACCUCCUGAGAGAUUUGAUCACCCUACAUGCAUAACUUGAAUUCAAUAGACUUUUGUUGGUUUUAAAAUAGAUGUUUUUUAGAUUAUUAAUAUUGCAUCAACUUAAUUUGAAUGAAAAUUGAAAACUGAUUCAAGUAAGUUUGAAUAUCACAAUGUUAGCUUUCUAAUUCCAUAAAAGUAGUUUUUAUAGUUUAUAAUCUGACAUUACCCCCAGCACCAUUUGUAAAGAGCAACUUUCCAACAGUAUAUUUGAAGCACUUUUUAACAAUGUGAAACUACAAAUAUAAACCAUAUUUAAAAGCUCAUCAUGUUAAAUUUUUUAUGUACUUUUUUGGAACUAGUUUUUAAAUUUUAGAUUAUAUGUCCACAUAUCUUAAGUGUACAGUUAAUAAUUAGCUUAUCAAUGAUUGCAUGAUGCCUUACAGUUUUUAAUAAUACCCUUUCUUAUGCAAACGUCAUGCAAUAAAACAAACUAAUGUUUGGCA